UUGCCCCUCCCUUCUACUGCCCUCAACCAAAGAGAACUUCAAACCCAUCCUUUCGUGUAACACAACAUGGCCACCAAAGCUUCUUCCCAGCAACCCGAAAAGGGUAACCUGAAACUAUCCAUCUGGUCGACCGACCAUGAGGUCUUGAACCAGCUGAUUUCUGCAACGCAUGCCCAUGAUGAUGAAAAGUUUGAUGUUGAGUCUCUUUUCAUCAUCGUCGACAACGUCCUUAAGAGUGCCACCCAGAUCGUGGUUACUGCUGUCCCGGGUAGCCAAGCUUUAACGGUAGCACGUUUGGACGAGAAGAUCUCCAAAGAAAGCUUUAGUUCACCCCUGUGCACACUCAAGAGUAUUUCCUGCGAGAUGCAAUGCAAGGCCCCUAGUGAAGAAGUUGCUUACGAAACAGCCCUGUCAAUACUUAAAAAAUUAUCGAACUAUUCUUGGGCUGCAAAAGCAGUGCUGACCCUUGCGGCUUUUGCUUUGGACUAUGGGGAGUUCUCCUGGCUGCUUGCUCAGAAUCAGUCCUCGGACCAACUCGCCAAAUCAUUGGGAACCCUGAGGCGGGUUUCUAUCCUCUUAAAGGGACCAAAUCUGGAGAAACAUCGGGAUGCUCUAAUUGAACUUAACAGUGUGAUCAAAACCACACUGGAAGUGAUUGAAUGCAUCCUUGAGUUAAAGAAGCUGUCAAAUUAUGACACAAAGGAUGUGCCAGCUCUGUCAACUGGCGAGGACCAUAUUCGAGUGGAUGUUUUUUGGGCCAUUAUCACCGUUGUAGCCAGCACUACUCAGCUUUGUUGCCUCACUAGCGAUGAGGACCAGAAACAGGAACUAUCCCGGUUUUCUGUGAAACUCAACGUGGCCGUCUCAGAACUUAGGAGCCAGAUAAAGAUUUGCAAACAACAGAUAGAGGAGACAGAGGCUAAAUAUUAUCGGAGGAUCGUGGACCUUUUUCUAACCACUACGGAAGUCGUGGAGGUAUUUAAGGAACUGAUUCCCAUCAAGGAGCUAUUUAUUGGUUCUACUGGAAAUCCGGUUAACAUUGAUGAGGUGCUUAAGGGGAAGAAUGUCUUACUGUUCAUCUCGGGGCUAGAUAUCUCGGAUGAUGACAUUUCAAUUCUCAAACCAAUUCAUGAGUUAAUAAGUAAGGAGGAUCAGUAUAAGAUUGUAUGGAUUCCAAUUGUGGAACAAUAUUGGACGGAGGACCUGCAAAAGAAGUUCGAGGUGCUGCGGGCCAAGAUGCCUUGGUACGUAGUGCAGUAUUUUUACCCAAUAGCCGGCAUCAGGUUCAUCAUGGAGAAGUGGCACUUCAAGGGUAAGCCCUCCGUUGUGGUGUUGAGCCCUCAAGGGAAGGUUGAAAAUGACAAUGCAAUCCACAUGAUCAGGGUAUGGGGAAUCAAGGCCUUCCCCUUCACCACUGCAGUGGAAGAAACCCUUUCCCGUAACCCGGAUUGGAUUGGGUCCAUAGCAACUGGCGUUAACCCAAAUAUUGAGAGCUGGAUCAAAGAGGAAAAGUAUAUCUUUUUCUAUGGGGGCAAGGACAACGAGUGGAUCCAACAAUUUACUAAAAGAGCAACUGCUCUUGCCAAUGACCCGGUGAUAAAGGAAGCAAGGAUUUCCAUAGAGUUGCUGUUGGUAGGAAAGGGCAGCGAAGGAGAGGAGACCCACUGUCUAAUUCCGGGGCGCUUCUGGAUCGGCAUUGAGAGUAUGUUCAUUUCGGCGACUCAAAGGGAGACCAAGGCAGACGCUGUGACCCUAGAGAUCCUAAAGCUGCUCUCCUACAAGAAUGAAAGUACUGGAUGGGCUGUGCUCAGCAAAGGGUCUAGUGUGGUGUUCAGUGGCCGUGGGACAACCAUCUUGAAGGCCGUGGAGGAGUUCGACAAAUGGAAGAAGCUUGUGCAGGGGAAGGGCUUUGAACUCUCUUUCAUGGGCUACCACAACCUGGUUCUUGAAACUUCUCAAAAGUUAUGCAGCUUUAUUGAUAUCCCAAAGGGCAGUGGAAAAAUCCCAGAGAACGUGAAAUGCCCCGACUGUCUCCUCGACAUGGAGGCGUAUAUCAGGUUCAAGUGCUGCCACAAUUGUGAUGGUGAUGGCAGCGACUCACUGCUUGAUUAAAAAUGGCCACCAGCUUCCUGCAGAGGGCUAAUGGUAUUACUAAAUAAAUUCAUAUGGUUGAAUGAUAAUUGGCAUAUUACGGAAUCUUGUUUGUAAAAUAUGUGUGUGCAUGCAUGUGACGUGAACCUUAUAUAUUUGUGUCUUAAGUUUUUAAUUGGAUUGUCGUGUGGAUAUAUAAUUUCUUGGUUGUGAUUUUCCUUAAUUUAUUUUGUCUCCCGAGUGGAAAUGCGUGUAAUCUUGGGUUGUCACUACUUAUAAGUGGCAUCCUUUUGGUAUUAUAUAUAUAUGUGAACUUUCAUAUUUAA